AUGAUGGGAGAGGUGAUCCGCGUUUCUGGGAGGACACCGGAUGUCGGGGAGUUCCUCAAGGAGGCGAUGCUGUCCCAAAGAUUCGCUGAUGUGGCUCUCUGUUGUCCUGGUGGACAAAGAUUCCUGGCUCAUCGUUUGGUCCUCUCUGCUGCCAGCCCUUAUCUACAGGAAGUAUUACUCGCUCACAGCAGAACGUCCACGCAUUGUGAACCGAUCACCGUGAUCCUUGCAGAAGUGGAGGCACCAGAAUUAGCUGCAAUCCUUGGUUUCGUCUACACUGGAAGCGCCACUGUCCCUCGUCCUCGUUUGAACGCGUUCCUUCACGCUGCAGAGGCUCUGCACAUCAGACUUCCGCCUGUUCCCGUCGUGAUGACUUGUUCCCAGCCUGACUGUAAACAGGAAGACAUCAAGGACGUGAAGAUCAGCCCGAAGUACCUGCAGUGUGAUCAGUAUCCGUGCUGCGACCGCUGGUACCGUCCACGACGUGAUCAAGAUGGCGAUUCCGCGAGUAAGGAGGAACCCUAUCCGUCGAUCGAGUCCUUGGAAACCGCAAGAGAAAUCAGACCGCUUCCUGAAUCGAUGAACUUUGCCGGAUCGCGAUACAGCACGGCCAGAUAUUGCUCUACAACCUGGCCCGUUCCACCUUUCGCGAGCCACGCUCAGGAAAAGACGGUUCACGGUGUAGAUCAUGGUAUAGAUAAGGAGAGGAUGGAUCAGACGGACGUCACAAGGUAUCAGCAGAUCUCUGUGGUGCCGAGGAUCGAUAGAAUUAGCGACGUUACCGUUGGACAGUCGGAGAACCUUCUUACUACAUGUGAAUCCUCCUUGAAGUCCCGCCAACAGGAGUUUUGCUUCUCCAGAGGCUCGUACGAUCUUCACAGGCAAUUGGAUCCGUUAGAGAUGAGGAUGAAGGGUGAUCAAAGUGGUAUGCAGGUUAGAAACGAAGAGGAUUGCUUAGGGAGGGAUUUUUCCGGAUACGACGGCUGUUGCGAGCAAGAGAGAAGCAACGGAGAUCGACUGAGUGUGAUUCGUUCUCGAGUAAGCUCCUGUCAGAGCAAGACUGUGUCUGUACAGUUACCUGGACGUGGUAAAGUCUACGAGAAGUCGGAUUUUGGGGAGGAUUUGACUUGCAGAGAGAGCUGUUUCGCUUGGAAGUCGCCUAAGAGACACGUGGCUAAUAGAGUGAUAGCUUCUCCGUGGAGGCAGACCAUCAGGCCUUAUCAUUUGCCCAAGUUGCAGCCAAUCGUGCUUCAGCCUCACGUCGAAGAGUCCGAAACCGUGGAAAAUCUGCGUCCGCAGGAAGUCACGCGACCUCCACCUAUUUCCACCAGCCCUAAUCGUCAGUUCUCUAAAAGUUCUACGCCUAGCGAUCACUAUUAUGGUGUCGAAGUUCCUACCACUCAUGAAAUUACGUACAACAAUGAUACGAGAUUGUUGGAAGCUAAUUCAACAUUGUUACCAAGGCCUCAGGAAUUUUAUUCGCCUCAAAUUGCAUUACCAACGACCACACAGAUGACUACGACAACUAUUAAUAACGAUACCAGAAAUACCGAAACGAUUUUACAGUCGCAGAAUCAUGUAAUUUCUACGACAACGAGGUGUUUAACAACUAGUACCGAUAAUGGACAGAUGAAUGUUAACAGGAAGAACAACUACUUUGGUCAAACGUUGCCUCAAUCGCCGCAGAAGCCAGAGAUCUCGCAUCCUGUUAGUAGAUUGUGCGAUACGAUCGAGUCGAACGAUAAAGGAGAUCGUUUUGUAAGUGUGGAACCUCAGAAAGUGGUAGAGAAAGAGGCGAGGAUCGAGGAUAAACUGGUUGAAGGAGUUGUUAUCAACAGUGAUAAUAAUAAUAACGACGCGAUCGUUAAUCAAGAUGCUGUUCAGCGUGGUAAAGGAAUGCAAGAGAAUCAUAGGUGUGAUCAGUGCGGAAAAAGCUUUGUUACCAGGGCGUCUCUGAAGGUGCACAUCAGGACUCACUCAGGGGAGAAGCCUUUCCGUUGCGCCGACUGCGGCAAGCAGUUCUCCCAAUUGCGCAACUACAAAUACCACCGUAGCGUCCACGAGGGGACCAGGGAGUUCGCGGCCACCUGUCCAGAAUGCGGCAAGUACUUCAACGACCGCGGCUACCUGAGCUCCCACAUGAAGAUCCACCGUAACCGGAAGGAGUACGGGUGUGCGGAAUGCGGCAAGAGCUUCAAUCAACGAGUCGCCUACAACAUGCACGUUAGAAUACACACAGGAGUGAAACCACAUCAGUGUGAACAGUGCGGAAAGGCUUUUUCCAGGAAGAUGCUACUGAAACAACAUCUCAGAACUCAUUCAGGAGAAAGACCUUAUCAGUGCCAGGUUUGCCAGAAGGCAUUCGCUGAUAGAUCAAACAUGACUCUCCAUACAAGACUACACUCUGGAUUGAAACCUUAUCAAUGUACUCUGUGCUCCAAGGCAUUCACUAAGAAACAUCAUCUAAAAACACAUCUGAAUUAUCACACCGGAACUAAACCUUAUUCCUGUCCGAACUGUGGACUAAGAUUUUCACAGAGCAGUAACAUGAGGACUCACUAUAAGAAGUGUACCAUUAACAAUCCAAUAGAAAUGAAGAAUUCACAAUUGGAGGUUACAGUGAUAGAUUCGUCGAAAAUUCCACAGACCAGGGUAAUCUCCAGGACACCAGCAGACACUCUGACUCCGCCUAACUCUGACCAAGAAUUAAGCAUCCUAACUCCAAUUUCCAAAAGCGGCGUGAUAGAAGGUACAGGGACGUAG